AUUCAACAUGAAGCUAUUAGUGUUCCUGAUUUUGGGUGUGGCCGCCGCUAGCGCUGUGCCCACUCUCUCAAAGAAGCCUGUGCCCAUACAGGAGCUGCAGUCCAAUAAGAUCCAAGGACGCAUCACCAAUGGAUAUCCGGCCUAUGAGGGAAAAGUUCCAUACAUUGUUGGUUUGAGUUUCAUCAAGGAUGGCGUGAACACCUGGUGCGGUGGCUCUAUCAUUGGCAACACCUGGGUGCUGACUGCCGCUCACUGUGUCAACGAACGCGAAGCUGUGACCAUUUACUUUGGUGCCAGUUUCCGUCAUGAAGCCCAGUACACCCACUGGGUGGGCAGCAACGACUUUAUCCGUCAUCCCGAUUAUCAAGAUAAUUUGAACAAUGACAUUGCUCUGAUUCGUACUCCUCAUGUGGAUUUCUGGUCUCUGGUGGAUCGUGUUGAAUUGCCCAGCUACAAUGAUCGUUACAAUAGCUUCGCUGGUUGGUGGGCUGUUGCUUCAGGAUGGGGUGCCACCUGGGAUGGUGAAGGCAUGUCCAACUACCUGAACUGCAUUGAUGUCCAGAUUAUUGAUAACAAUGAAUGCCACAACAUCUUCGGUAGUUAUGUCAUCGAUAAUACCAUCUGUAUUUCAACUGUUGGCGCUACCUCCACCUGCUACGGUGACUCUGGUGGCCCAUUGGUCUUGCAUGACGGCAACAAGUUGGUGGGCAUCACCUCCUUUGGACACUGGGAUGGCUGUGCUGCCAGUCAACCGGCUGGUUUCACUCGUGUCACUGGCUACUUGGACUGGAUUCGCGAUAACACUGGCAUUGCUUACUACUAACAUUUUUAAACCAAAAAGAUAUAAAAGAAGUAUAUCUAAUCUGCACUUAAAAAAACUCAAA